AUGAGGAAGUCCACUUUUCCUUCGCGGAAUGACUUCAAAAAGACCUACUCGAAGAUCCUGCUACCCUUCUCCUGGGCACCUUCGAUACCCACCAUAAUACCCCAUCGCAUACGAAGGAAAUUGCGGUCAAAAGUGCGAAGCCGACAAUCGCCUUCAACAUCCCUCGGCAACCUGGAGACCUCUUACUCGCCUGCCGACACUAUAGAAUCGCUACGCGUACAUCGGUGGUCAUUUUAUGAUGGCCAAUACCUUAUACUCAUCGUACUCGGAAUAUUCUCCCUAUGCAUCAUACCAUCGCCCGGUCCAUUGAUCAAGACUGCGCUUGCGACCCUAAUAAUCGCUGCCCUCAUACUGCCCGUCACUCGCCAAUUUCUCCUCCCUUCUCUGGCUAUAUGGUCAUGGCUGGUUUUCUUCUAUGCUUGCGGGUUCAUACCGAGCACUUGGCGGCCUCCAAUUUGGGUCCGGGUCCUCCCAGCGCUCGAGAAUAUAUUCUACGGGGCCAACUUGAGCAAUAUCCUCUCGGCACACACGAGCACCUUCCUCAGCAUCAUGGCAUGGCUACCUUAUGGCAUAAUACAUUUUGGAGCGCCAGCUGUAUGCUCAAUUAUCAUGUUCGUGUUUGCAGCCCCAGGCACGGUGCCCAUGUUUGCAAAAAGCUUUGGCUGGAUGAACCUCAUUGGGGUGGCGAUACAACUAACAUUCCCAUGCUCUCCGCCGUGGUAUGAGAACAUGUAUGGACUCGCGCCCGCCAACUAUUCAAUACAUGGCUCACCAGCAGGAUUGGCGGCUAUCGAUAAGCUGUUUGGGAUCGCACUGUACACUCCUGGCUUUACCGGAUCGCCCAUGGUCUUUGGCGCUUUCCCUUCUUUACAUGCUGGAAGCGCUGUGAUGGAAGCACUGUUCAUGAGUCAUGUUUUCCCCCGACUUACUCCACUCUUCGCGUUGUAUACGCUCUGGUUGUGGUGGGCGACCAUGUACCUUUCACAUCAUUACGCAGUAGAUCUGGUGGGAGGCAGUCUACUCUCUGGAGUCAUCUUCCAUGUUGUCAAGUCCAAGUUUCUGCCACGUCAACAGCCAAACAAAUUCCUUCGCUGGGAUUACGAUUUCGUAGAGGUUGGGGACGACCCAGCAGAGAAAGGCUAUAUAAGUCUUGAUUCGGGGACAGAGGACGCUGACGACUGGACCGUUGGUUCAUCGUCGUCGGUGUCGUCUGAUUCGAGGAGCCCGAUCGACGAGAGCGAUUCCUGGGAAGGCGCGACUCUGGCUUCUCACUCAGAUUCUGAAGCUCAGCGAUGA